AUGCCCCUCAUGAGGAUCAGGAGCGUCGAGAUCGUGUUCGAAGACGACCUCUCGACUUGCACCGACACGGGCCUGCUCGAUCGGAGCAUCGAACUCCUCUCCGACAGCGACGACUCCACGAAAUGCGUCGACGAUAUCGAACCCCUCCAGGCCAAGGACGAUCUUGACAUCACAAACGCCGAUCUCACAGAUGACGACUCGAUCACCAUCACCAAAGACAACGUGGAUCAAGUCGAGGUAAAAGUCGAUCCACCCGUGGACUCGCUCGCUCCCGAAGACAUAUCGGACCUGGGCGACUCCGGCAGGUUUACGGAAGAAGCUUGCUCCUCGAGAGACGUCGCCGUGUCGUACCAGGACGCUCUGCUUUCACAAUCGUUUGACGCUAUCGAGGACAAAAGUCCUGAUGAUCGAAGGUUGUUCGAAUACAUCGAUAGUAACAGCGAAAGUUCGGACGAUACGGCCAUAUGCGAGGACACGACCGGAACCGGAAAUAAAUGUCCGACCCCUUCCCAAAACGAUCCCACUGACGAAGAUACCUUGUACGAUAGUUGUGAGUUGCAAUAUGACUCCUUUAUAGAUAUGGGAAAAUUUUGA